UCCUUUUUACUAUGACUCUUCCCAUCCCACAUUGUUCCUCAAAGGCCCCUCUACCGUAAGGAUUUCAAAAAAUUGCCCCCCCAAAUACCCACCGACACUCCUCACCCACCCACCCCCACUACCAGCUCCCAAAAGCUGCCACGCAGCUGGCUAGGAAAGAAAAGGGAGAGGGCUCCUCCGGGAGGGGGAAGAGAGAAGGGUGGCGUCUCUAGGGAUUUAACCUCCUACCCUCAGUUACAUGACGCCACCCCCUCCCACCAAAGACUGGGAAGGCGCCUCCAUUUUUGUUUUGGGGCGGAAGGGCAGGGGCUCGCGGAUGGCAGGGGUCAAAGGAAACGGUGAUUAUCACCUGUGAGAGGAAAAGGGGUGCUGUCCUCCCUCCUUCCCUUUUCUUCAGUCUGCACCCCUUGCAAUCCCCCCUAGCUUCUCAGGGUCUCCCCCCCUUGUUGCUAAGGCCCGGACCGUCAUCCCAGCAACAGCCUCAGUCAUGUGACCGGCAAUGGCGGCGCUGACGAGAGCUGCACUUGGAGGUGUUGUGGGGACAACCCUGUAGCUGAAUGUGACCAGACUCCGGUGAUACAUCAGGCCCCUUCAGCUGAACCCUUGAGUGAGCCCCGCCCCUGCCUAAAUGCCAGACUAGGGAGCUGACAGGCAGCGCUGCGUGUGCUGAGUUAAAAGUCCUGGUAAGCUGAGUGUGGAUGGAAAUAGAGAGAUUUCUGCAGCCAUCACCUUCCAUGGGCUUUCCAGGUUGCACAACCUACAAGUAGGGAGCAGGGAAAGAGAGUGAGCCUGCAUGCCAAUUCUAAGCUCUUCAGGAUCAAAUGUCGUUCGUCCUGUCCAGAAUGGCAGCCUGUGGAGGCACCUGCAAGAAUAAAGUGACUGUUUCCAAGCCUGUGUGGGACUUCCUGAGCAAGGAGACCCCAGCCCGGCUGGCCCGGCUUCGGGAGGAGCACCGUGUGUCCAUCCUCAUAGAUGGCGAGACUUCUGACAUCUAUGUUCUGCAGCUUUCCCCACAGGGCCCUCCCCCGGCCCCUCCCAAUGGGCUCUACCUGGCCCGGAAGGCUCUCAAGGGGCUGCUAAAAGAGGCAGAGAAAGAGCUAAAGAAAGCUCAGAGGCAGGGGGAGCUUAUGGGCUGCCUGGCUUUGGGGGGUGGAGGGGAGCACCCUGAGCUGCACCGCCCAGGCCCACCCCCUCUCCGAGCAGCACCACUGCUACCCCCAGGGGCACGGGGGCUCCCUCCUCCUCCUCCUCCCCUGCCCCCUCCUCUUCCUCCCCGCCUUCGGGAGGAGACAGAAGAGCAGGAGAGCACCUGCCCCAUCUGUCUGGGGGAGAUCCAGAACGCCAAGACAUUGGAGAAGUGCCGGCAUUCAUUCUGUGAGGGCUGCAUCACCCGGGCCCUGCAGGUGAAAAAGGCCUGCCCCAUGUGCGGCCGCUUCUACGGGCAGCUGGUAGGCAACCAGCCCCAGAAUGGGCGGAUGCUGGUCUCUAAGGACGCCACCCUCCUGCUGCCCAGCUAUGAGAAGUACGGCACCAUUGUCAUCCAGUACGUCUUCCCGCCCGGUGUCCAGGGGGCUGAACACCCAAACCCAGGAGUUCGGUACCCUGGCACCACACGGGUGGCCUACCUCCCGGACUGCCCUGAGGGCAACAAGGUGCUGACCCUGUUCCGCAAGGCAUUUGACCAGCGUCUCACCUUCACUAUUGGCACGUCCAUGACCACAGGGAGACCGAAUGUCAUCACCUGGAACGACAUCCACCACAAGACCAGCUGCACAGGGGGACCCCAGCUGUUUGGGUACCCGGACCCCACCUACCUGACCCGGGUGCAAGAGGAACUGAGAGCCAAGGGUAUCACAGAUGACUGAAGGACAUCCCGUUUGCCAAGGCCCCUGCUGUCCUCCUCUACUAGGACCCAAUGGAAGCCUCUGUUCUCCUUUCUGCCCCCUGCCCCCCACACCACACAAGUAGGGGACCUGUCUGACUGGGAAGGGAGUUCAGAGGGGGAGGGGGCAAUCCCUUCUCCUGUCCCCCACUGGCCAAGUGUUACAGUGCAGCGUGAGCCACUCCCUUCUGGCAGAGGCUGAUCUCCAAGGCUCUGCUCUCUGCUCCCCAUGUACAUACUCCCAGUUUCCCUGGCCCCUCCAUUGCCCUUGGCUUUUUCUGGUAUGUGCUGUGCUCCAGUAACUAAACUGAGAAAGGACCUGGGUGGAGAGGGGAGGGUCUCUUGAACCACCCCACCCCACCCCACCCACAUACUGCUCCACUGCUGAGCUCUACCGCUGAAUUUGGGUACAGGGAAAAAGGAAUUGGGCUAAUGUGAGUCCUCCCCGCCCAUGGAGCCAGCUGUGUGUGUUCAUCAGAUACAAUUCUCUUACCUUGACCUUGUCCUUUCUCUCCUGUGUCUCAGUCUCUGUCAGUCUCUCUGUCUUUCUCCUGCUCUUCUCUGCCCCCUAUAAGGAGCCUCCUUACCCUGUUCUGGAAUCGCCGCCAGACUGUAGCUUUUAAUUUAAUAAAAAUAAAGUAAAAUAUGCAACUCUUUA